AUGACCGUCAUGACUGUGGGGCCUGAUAUUAACAUCGGCGUUACAUCUCUCGCUGUCAUCUGGACUUUGAAUGCCAUGUCAAUCACCAUUGUUAUUGCACGAUGCAUGACACAGAGAUUCAUAUCUCGUCAGUUGGGGCUUAGUGAUGCCUUGGUUGUUCUAUCGAUGUGUGUUAUUUCCUCCAUGGCAGCUUUGAUUACCGUACAAUAUCAUUAUGGAUGGGGACGACAUUACGUAUAUCUCGAUCCAUUUGAUAGGAUUGAUGCCAUGAAAUAUAACGCAAUCGGGCAAUCUUUUGGUGUCAUGGGCUCAACUUUAGGUCGAAUGUCAUUCAUAAUCUUAAUGUUGCAAUUAUUCGGUACAUCCAAAUUGAAGCGUAAAGGUCUCUGGACAUUAUUCUGGGUGCAAUGCAUUCCAAACUGCAUUGUCGUCAUCACUUUAUACAUUCGAUGUCAAGGCAUUCGAGCUCUCUGGGACACAUCCAUCAUAUCUUCAUGCUGGCCCGAAGAAUAUCACACCUAUAUCGGCUACGCACACACGAGUUGGAAUGGUCUUACCGAUCUUUUCUUAACCUGUCUCCCAGCAACCAUGCUAUGGAGUUUACAAAUGAAUCGUCGUAUAAAAUUCGGUUUGAUGUUCUUGCUUAGUCUCAGUUUACUUGCCUUUGUCGGAGUCAUCAUGAAAAUCAUAUACCUGAGAGUUCUUGCCAAUCGAGGAGAUUAUACAUAUAACACCGUCCCUUUCUUCCUAUGGGUACAAGUCGAAUCCAACCUCGUGGUCAUCGCCUCCUCAGUCCCUCUUCUCCGUCAGCUCUUCGUGCGUCUCAAAUCCGGUAAUUUUAAUACGCGUAUUGGUGUUGGGGGAGAUACACGUUCGACGGCGCCCACAUUCGAGCUCUCGGAGUAUAGUGGAAAGUUCAGUGGGGGGUUUGGUGGGUUUGGUGGGAAGAAGAGGUUGAGUCGCGAUUUUAAUGCGUUUAGUCAGAUAAGUGAUGAUGAGGGUGGGGUGUUGAAGGAUGGGGAGGUAGGUGGAGAUGAGGUAGGUGUGGUGGGUGCAAAUUAUGGGUUACCGAUACAGAGAGAAAAAGAGGAAAAAGAGAGGGAAAUCAAAAGCAAAAAGAUAGCAGAGCCAUGGGUAGUCAAAAAAGAAGUUAGCUACAGUGUAAAGGUAGAAGAGAUGAACGAUGGCGACACAGAGAGGGAAAGAGAAAGGGAAAGGGAGAAAGAUAUCGAGAUGGACGACAGAAACCAUAUGUUUGUACCGAAGAGGGGGAGUUAA